GGAACUGAAAGCAUCGGCGCCCGAGACGUUUAGACAGAUCCAAAUCCAAUUUCAUCUAAAUUUUCCGAUCGUGCAAAACCUCUCGGAAUCCCAGACGGGCGACGUCGAUAGUUCGAGAUAGACGAUGAAGAGUACUAACGUGCAGUGGGCGACAAUAUUCCGAGCGUUAUCUGUGGUGUUAUUGUGGGUUUGGACCACCGUUCCGGUGGGUGAAGCCGUAUGGUUAAGUCUUCCAGAGUCCGGCACCAAAUGCGUCUCCGAGGAAAUCCAGAACAACGUUGUUGUCUUGGGUGACUAUGUCGUCAUCUCCGAGGAUCACGCUCACGUGCCCACCAUCUCCGUCAAGGUUACAUCCCCUUAUGGGAGUAAUCUUCAUCAUGAGGAGAAUGUGACACAUGGUCAAUUUGCAUUCACAACUCAGGAGGCUGGAAACUACCUGGCAUGUUUCUGGUUGGAGAGCCAUGCUGCAGGUAGAAAAGAUGUUAGUGUUAACAUUGACUGGAAAACUGGAAUUGCAGCUAAAGAUUGGGAAUCUGUUGCCAGAAAAGAGAAAAUUGAGGGUGUUGAGCUUGAGCUGAGGAAACUAGAAGGAGCUGUAGAAGCCAUUCACGAGAAUUUAAUCUAUCUAAAAAGCAGAGAAGCAGAAAUGAGAGCUGUGAGUGAGACAACAAAUGCCAGAGUAGCGUGGUUUAGUAUCAUGUCUUUGGCUAUCUGCAUUGUGGUUUCAGCUCUACAAGUAUUGUACUUGAAGCGAUUCUUCCAAAAGAAGAAGCUUAUUUAGAUGUUUCUAGCUAGAAUAGGAAAUUCAAUAACUCUUUUUUCUCUUUAUUUUUAUUUUACACGUUGCUGCAGGAGGACAAUUUUGAUAUCAUUAAAAGAAUAUUCACAUU